ACUUGUGGCUCCGUUGCAUUAGUCUAGGCUGAAGAUUGGAAGCUGCGGAUAUCCCUUGUCUGGGCCAUGUCUGGCUGCGACGCUCCAGAGGGAGACUGUUGCUCCCGGCGAAGCGGCGCGCAGGACAAGGAGCAUCCAAGAUACCUGAUUCCAGAACUUUGCAAACAGUUUUACCAUUUGGGCUGGGUCACUGGAACUGGAGGAGGAAUUAGCUUGAAGCAUGGCAAUGAAAUCUACAUUGCUCCUUCAGGAGUGCAAAAGGAACGAAUUCAGCCCGAAGACAUGUUUGUUUGUGAUAUAAACGAAAAGGACAUAAGUGGACCUUCGCCAUCUAAGAAGCUAAAAAAAAGCCAGUGUACUCCUCUUUUCAUGAAUGCUUACACAAUGAGAGGAGCAGGCGCAGUGAUUCACACCCACUCUAAAGCUGCUGUCAUGGCCACCCUUCUUUUUCCAGGACGGGAGUUUAAAAUUACACAUCAAGAGAUGAUAAAAGGAAUAAGGAAAUGCACCUCAGGGGGGUAUUAUAGAUACGAUGAUAUGUUAGUGGUACCCAUUAUUGAGAAUACACCUGAGGAGAAAGACCUCAAAGAUCGAAUGGCUCAUGCAAUGAAUGAAUACCCAGACUCUUGUGCGGUACUAGUCAGACGUCAUGGAGUGUAUGUGUGGGGAGAAACAUGGGAAAAGGCUAAAACCAUGUGUGAGUGUUAUGACUAUUUGUUUGAUAUUGCUGUAUCAAUGAAAAAAGUGGGACUUGAUCCCGCACAGCUCCCAGUUGGAGAAAAUGGAAUUGUAUAAGUCAAAGGAAGUUAAAUUAUUUACACAGAUGAAGCUCAACUUAAGUGAAACUUGGCUAUUUUUUUAAAUGAACUGAAAAUUUCCAUGCUAAUACUUGUCACUACAUACUGCAGAUGGUCACCUUGAAGCUCUUCUGACAUUGGAUGGUAUUUGCUUAUAUUCUUAAUUUUAAGUGAUUGGGGCAGUGGAAUAAACAUUUUAUACUCAAUAUUUUUUGUGUUUAUUUUUAAAUCCUUAACAGCAAAAUAUUUGUCUUUAACUUAAUUUCUUUUUUAUAUCUAGCCUCAGGAUUCCUCUUAAUCUUUAAAGUUGCUGGUGAUGAUAAAAUUUAUUGGAAAACUUC